CACGUGGUCGCCGCCAUGUUGUGUUGCUGAGGGGACGGAGCGGCCGCGACCUGAGGCCCGAGAGCGGGAAACACAGCACCCAGGUACCUGGUACCUGUAGGAACAAACAUCUGCAGCUUUGCUGACUUGCGGUGAUUGACAGAGGCCAUGGGGACAGAGACAGGUGAAGAGGGGCCACCCAGUUUGGAGUACAUUCAGGCCAAGGACCUAUUCCCACGGAAAGAGCUGGUGAAGGAGGAAGAGGACCUGCAGGUGCCGUUUCCUGUUCUCCAGGGGGAAGGUGUGGAAUACCUGGGCCGUGCCGAUGAUGCCGUUAUUGCCAUCUCCAACUACAGGCUACACAUAAAAUACAAAGAUUCCUUAAUCAAUACCUUUCUGCAGGGUGUGGACAGUGAAAUCUCAGUGCCUCUGCGGUUGAUCGAAGGUGUUGAAAGUCGGGAUAUGUUCCAGCUCCACAUUGUCUGCAAGGAUUCCAAGGUGGUCAGGUCCCAUUUCUCUACAUUUAAACAAUGUCAGGAAUGGCUAAAGAGAUUAAACAAAGUGAUUGCCCACCCAGCCAGGCUGGAGGACCUGUUUGCCUUUGCUUAUCACGCCUGGUGUCUGGGGGUCUGUGUGGAUGAUGAGGAUCAGCACGUACAUCUCUGUCGUCCAGGAGAUCAUGUUCGCCACAGGUUUGAGAUGGAGGUGGAGAGAAUGCGCUUUGAUCUACAGAACGUCUGGAGAACUAGCGAAGUCAAUAGCAAUUACAAGAUGUGUGCUAGUUACCCUCAGAAGCUGCUGGUUCCAGUGUGGAUCACGGAUAAGGAGCUGGAAAAUGUUGGAACCUUCAGGUCAUGGAAGAGAAUUCCCGUUGUUGUCUACAGGCACCUGCGGAAUGGGGCUGUGAUUGCCCGGUGCAGCCAGCCCGAGAUCAGCUGGUGGGGCUGGAGGAACGCAGACGACGAGUACCUGGUGACAUCCAUUGCCAAAGCCUGCAUCUUAGAUCGAGGAACUAAGCUGAGUGGGAAGAGCAGGAGUGAGGGGAACGAUCUCUCAGACACCGAUUUUGAUUCUUCCAUCACAUCAGGAUCUGCUGGCGAGAUUGGAGCCACUCCCCAGAAGCUGCUCAUUUUAGACGCGCGAUCUUAUACGGCAGCUGUCGCCAACCGAGCAAAGGGCGGGGGCUGUGAAUGUGAGGAAUACUACCCCAACUGUGAAGUGAUGUUCAUGGGAAUGGCAAACAUCCACUCCAUCAGGAACAGCUUCCACUCUCUCCGCGCUGUCUGUAGCCAGAUGCCGGACCCCGGAAACUGGCUUUCAGCCUUGGAGAGCACCAAGUGGCUCCAACACCUGUCUAUCAUGUUGAAGGCUGCUCUGUUGGUGGCUAAUGUUGUGGACAGGGAGGGGCGGCCAGUGCUUGUGCACUGCUCGGACGGCUGGGAUCGGACGCCACAGAUAGUCGCACUGGCCAAGAUCCUCCUCGACCCCUAUUAUAGGACAAUCGAGGGAUUUCAGGUGCUUGUGGAAACGGACUGGCUGGAUUUUGGGCACAAGUUUGGUGACCGAUGCGGUCACUCGGAGACUGUAGAGGACGUGAGCGAGCAGUGUCCGGUCUUCCUCCAGUGGCUGGACAGUGUGCACCAGCUGCUCAAACAGUUCCCGUGUCUGUUUGAGUUCAACGAUGCCUUCCUGGUGAAGCUGGUUCAGCACACGUACUCGUGCCUCUACGGGACUUUCCUCUGUAACAACAGCCGAGAGCGAGAGGCUUGCAACAUCUACAAGCGGACCUGCUCCGUCUGGUCACUGCUGCGGACGGGCAACAAGAACUUCGAGAACUACCUGUACAUCCCUGGCAGUGAGACAAUUUUGCACCCAGUGUGUCAUGUCCGUGCCCUACACCUGUGGACGGCUGUUUACCUGCCCAUCUCGUCUCCCUGCACCCCCACCGACAGCGCUGAGCUGUGCCUCUCCCGAGCUGGAGCAGCAGAGGAACGAUCUGGCAAAUCACUGGACAGAUUACCUAAAGCCCGGUCUGUGGACAAUCUGCCCCUGGCUUGUGACAGUGGAACUCCUCUUACAAGGACAUCCAGUGACCCAAACCUCAACAAGCACUGUCAGGAAGGACGUCUCACUCCAGAGCCCAGAAUCUUGCCUAUGGUCUCGGUACCUGAUGUCUCAGACAUUGGGGCUGGAGCCCCCCAAGUCCCCAAACAAGACACAAGUGCCGUAGUAGAUAUGGUAGAAACGGCGGAAGAGGCCAAAGAGGAAAUUGCAGAGAGCAGCCUCGCUCCCACUGGGGAUGAUGAAGCAAUACGAGAGGUUGAAAGCCAGAGUAACACAAUGGAACUUUACCAAAAGGUUGAAGCAUUGAGACUUGCCAAAGACACUGAGCAGGAGCAGCCUUUCCAGGAGUCUACCAGCAGCACUGCGCAUACAAUGGGCGUCUGCGAGCUCGGCAGCUCUGCUCCUGACACUGAGUGUGCCAUAGGAGCUGAGGAAGAAUGCAGGACUUGUGACAACAUCCCUGUUCAUUGUGAACACGUGGAAGCGGCUGCUGCUGUUUGUUCAGACGACGAUGAGUGCAAUGGCCACUCUUCCCCACCGCCCUACCUCCGCUCAGUGGCUGACCUGCUGUGCUUCAAGGAGAAGGUCUCAGUGAUGGGCAGCUCUACAGAGACUGUGACCGAGGAGACGGUGAGAGAGAACGGCUUCUCAUUCACAAAGGACUCGAGAGGUGCGAGGAAUGGGAUGCUUCCUGUGAGCGGGCUUCAGGACGAAGUAGAGCAGUGUAGGCUGGGGCGCACACCCCUGGACAACGUCAGGACUAUCAGGAAGCACAUUUGCCAGAGUCAAUUCAGUGACUUCUCUUUGCUGGACUCUAACUGGGAUAGUGUGCAGGGUCUGGUUACGUCAGCCUGCAGUGGGGAAGCAGUCCAGCGCAGAGCCAAGCUCAACAGCUGCCACUACAAGAGACUGACUAAUAAAUAUCUGCGCUGGGGCAGCGCAGUGAACGGACAGUCACUUCACAAAGAGGAGCAGGCAGGAGCCCUGAGAGUACCUCAACACAUCCACUCUAGCCUGUGCUCUCUGGCUCUCACCCCAAAAGCUUCGGAUUUGUUCGCUCACUGCUCGCCCUGGAAGCAGCUACCCCCCUGGCGGCAGUCGGUCACCGCCUGCUCCGAGGCGGCCCCCAGCUAUGUGGACGACGACGGGCUGCCCUUCCCCGUGGACUCGGUGCAGCAGCGGCUGAGACAGAUCGAGGCCAGUUACAAGCAGGAGGUGGAGUUGCUGCGACGGCAGGUUCACGAGCUGCAGAUGAGGCUGGACAGUCAGCAGUACUGCACCCCCCCCACACAGCCCGACAUCGACUACGCCGAUGACUUUACCUGCCUCAGAGAGUCCGAUGACAGUGAUGUUGAGGAGUCUCUAUCCGCUCACAGUGAUGAUCAGCGCUCGGAGGCCAGCUGGGAACCUGUGGACAGGAAGGAGACUGAGGUCACGCGCUGGGUGCCUGAUCACAUGGCCUCUCAUUGCUUCAACUGUGACUCAGAAUUCUGGUUAGCCAAACGGAGACACCACUGCAGGAACUGUGGCAAUGUGUUCUGUGCUGACUGUUGCCACUUGAAGCUGCCAAUCCCCGAGCAGCAGCUGUAUGAGCCGGUGCUCGUGUGUCACUCCUGCUAUGACCAGGUGCAGGUCUGUCGUGCCCGAGAGAUGAUGAACCAGCAGCUGAAAAAGCCCAUGGCUACCGCGUCUAGUUAAGCCAAGUUCACUCCCGCCUUCUCCUUCCCCAACUCGUGCCGUGAUGUGAGCUCUCCUGGACAAGUUGAGACUGUGGCAGGUUGGCUGGUCGGGUGAGCCAUCCAUCCUCCAGCCCCAGCUGGGAGGGAACGUGUGGAGGAAUCACAAUGUGAAAAUGCUGCUAAAACAAGCUCUUUGAUCUGUGCACUAGGAACUUUGCGAGGGGAGGGGAGAGAAAUGCAACCAAAAUAUUAUUGAGGAAAGGAGCGAAUGCAUCUCUGUGACUCUGGUCAGGAAUUUCAGUUUAAAAAGUCUCAGGUCCUCACUGAAGAGGGUCUGUGAUUUGAAUUGGCGACAAGACGUUGGCCUCUUCAUCUGGACACUUUACAAAGCCAAGGGCCGAGUGAAGCUUCGCUGCGUCUCCACAGCGAAUGGGAAAGGUAGGAAGGUGUCAGUCCUGCUGUGUGUCAGCGGCAUCCGUGUGUCCUGCCAGCCUUGGAGCGGAUAUUGCAAUCCAGUCGGUUGACUUUGCAAAGGGAAUGUUUGAGGAACAUUUGGGAGCCGAGCUGUUUCUUCGUGUGACGGGAUACAUCAUGCUGUACUGUAUCUCUCACUCACUCAGCUCUGCUGUCAGCACUUAAUGUACAUCACCCAUCACGUCCUUAUCCACUUCUUGAGACGGUGUUUGUCCUGGUCGUUAUGCUGCAUCACCAUAUUCUGGUUUGGCUUUGGUCAGCGUAGGAGAGGAGUGGAUUGAGCUGUCGGUGUCAGGCGUGUCUCUUAUACUCUGCGUUUGCCUGCUCCUCCUUCAUUACUUCUCGCUCUUCCUUCUCUCGACUUCCACCCUCUCUUCCUGACCCUCCUUACUCUACUAACCGCUCGCUAUCCUCGUCACCUUCCUCUCCUCUCUCGACCCUCUGUCCAUACUCUCACUGCGCAGUCUCUGUAUGUUGCUGGUCUGUCGUGCCAUUCAAAGAGAUGCGGGCGUGGCGGGAGAUGCUGGAAUGUGUCGUUUGGCCAUAUCUUGUGCACCGUUGGUUAACCCUUUAGGUCUACAGUAAGCAAGGACUAAAUAAAUCAAUUUAUGGAAGAAACUCUGCAAAACAA